AGGGACGACGUUGAGCCCCUGACCCCAGGCAGCCGCCAAUCCGGGCCGCGGCCUCACAAACGGGCCCCGCCCAGGAGACCCCGCCCCUGAGCAGCUCUAGAGACCCCCCGCGAGUCCCCCUUCGCCGGGCGCCGCUCCCCGCCCCAGGCUUAGCCCCGCCCAUUCCCUUUAAACCUCCCGCGCCCGCCAGCCAAUCGCGGCGCUGCCUGUUGGCAGCCGCACGUUCCGCCCGCCGGGCCCGCGGCAGGUCCUGGGCAGCUCCAGUCCCGGCCCGCCGCCUCUUUGGGCGGCCAGUCGGUCGCCACGGCCGCUUGCCGCCGUCGCCCCGAGCCUGCCCUGGCGUCAGCGCCUCUUCUCUUCCCCGCCGCGAAUCUGCGCCGCCGCUCCCGCCGCUAAUAUAGUUUGGGCGGUUGUCAGGGAGAAACAAGAUGGCGGCGGCGGAGGAGGACACGGAGCUGCGGGACCUGCUUGUGCAGACGCUGGAGAGCAGCGGGGUGCUCAAUAAAAUCAAGGCAGAACUACGAGCAGCUGUAUUUUUGGCACUUGAAGAGCAAGAAAAAGUAGAGAACAAAACACCCCUGGUAAAUGAAAGCUUGAAAAAGUUUCUAAGUACAAAAGAUGGUUGCUUGGUUGCUAGUCUUGUUGCAGAAUUUCUUCAGUUUUUCAAUCUUGACUUUACAUUGGCUGUUUUUCAGCCUGAAUCAAGCACACUAAAUGGGCUCGAAGGGCGAGAGAAUUUAGCCCGAGAUUUAGGCAUUAUAGAAGCAGAAGGUACUGUAGGUGGCCCCUUAUUGUUGGAAGUGGUCAGAAGAUGUCAGCAGAAAAAGGGUUCCAGUAGUGGAGAAGUGGCUCCAGUUCUGUCUGACAUGUGUUCUUCUCCAAAAUCACCUGAUGGAAGAUCAAAUACACAUCCAGUACCAAGUAAGGUUGCUGAAACCAGUCAAAGUGAUACAAGUAUCUCGUCAGGAGAAACAAAAAGCAAAAGCAGCAUUCACUUUCUUCCCAAUGAGACAAAGCUAGUUUCUCAACCUCACAACAAAGACUUAAAUACCAAAGAAAAAAGUGAUCCGGCUGUAGAUGAGGAUGACCUAGAGGGAGAUUCUUUUUUUGAUGAUCCCAUACCCAAACCAGAGAGAAACUAUGGCUGGAAAACAGAGUCCAACAAACAAGGAGGAAGCCUUGCAUCUCUUUCUGAUGCACCCCCACUAAGGAGUGGGUUAAGCUCCCUUGCUGGAGCACCUUCACUAAAAGAGCAUGACGAUGCAAAUAGAAACUCUGUUUUGAAAGAUCUACGCUUGGUGAAUGCAAAAUUUGGAUCUCUUGAAUUAGGAACUGGAGAUGAAGAUGAGUAUGUUGAUGAUUUCAACAGUACCAGUCAUCGCUCAGAAAAAAGUGACAUCAGUAUUGGUGAAGAAAUAGAAGAAAUUUCUGUGGAAAUAGAAGACUUGAAUGCCAGUGAUAAACUUGAAGACCUCACGCAAGAUCUUACCAUUUCUCAGUUAAGUGAUGUUGCAGAUUAUCUAGAGGAUGUGGCAUAGAACUGGACAGUAGAGCUGUUUCAAGUGCUGGAUUGAGGACUCUUGUGGACUGCUAUUUUCAGACAAUCAUUCUUUGCUGGAAUGUCUGUUCCCUAUUUGUGCCUUGUGUUUCAGAAAGACUGGAGGUGUGGAGAGCGCUUAUUAAAUCAUAGUAAGAACUGAAUGAAAUAGUUCAUUCCAGCUUGAGUCUAAUAUUGGAAUUGUUCUUCGUCUGAUUCAGCGAAACCUUUCACACGAGUUGAAUUUUUUUCCAGCAGGAUGUCCAUUGCUGGCGAUGGAUACACACAACUUUUGGUCUUUAGGAGAACAUUGCUGAAGAAAUCAGCAAAGCUGCAGAACUUCUACACAGAUGUAUGUCUUUGUAAUGAAUUUAUACUGUUAUGGUAACAUUCUAAUUUUUAGCUAAGCAAGAAAACUUAAGAGUUACUGUUUCAACUUACUAAAAACUUCAGCAGGAGAGUAAAAGUAGUCUCUCUGAAAUUUACAUAAUAUCUAAUAAAUUUGCCUCAGUACCUAGUCAAUCCAUGCCUAAUUUAAGGGGUCAAGAUUUUUCAGAAGUGACUAGUGAUUUUUGGGAGCCAAACUUUAGAGGUCUGCAAGGGGCCUGGUUUUUAGCAUUUUCUGAGAACCAGUCCCCUUUAAGGUGUCUCCAGCUGAACAGCCCAAACUGAGGCACCUAAAAUCAGUAGGCACUUUUGAAAAUCUUGGCUGAAGUAUCUGUCAACUCUGAACUUUCUUGUUUUAAUGUAUUUGUCAGACCAUUAACGUUACUCUAAACUACUUUUUGUGUGUGAUAAUUUCAUUAAUGUUAACACCUGUUAAAAUCCCAAUAAAAAUGUGAGAUUCCCUUAUGAUCCACAAAUCAUAUACAAAAUAGCAAAAUUUCUGAGAAGAGCUGUUUAAUGGUUUGUGGAGUUCAUGUUACUGGGGGGAUCUUAAUUUGUAUUGACUCACUUUCAUUGUUAAAAAUCCAUGUUUUUUU